UGCUUCUCCACGUCAUCCUUCUUAAUGAGAUUUGAAGAACAACGAAGUUCAAUAUAUUAGUGAAGAGUGGCAUCCCUUAAGCAUUACCCAGAAGCCUCAGUCAUGAGACACGGCGUGAUUUCACAAGUUUGUGAGGAAUUGCUGGUCUGGCUCUCUGGUAACGGAGAUGGAGCUCCAGCACUGUCUGAAUCUCACUUCCACAGGAAGAUCUCUAGAAGCAGCAUGUCGCCCAUAGAUGCUUUUGAUACACAUGAUAGCCACCUCUCUCAUGGGAUCUGCACGUCUUCAUAUCCCCGGACAAUCACCAAGCCGCGCAAGGCACGUAAGAAGCUGCAGGUGAUCAUUUGUGUACUCUUCGUGGAGCUUUUUGAGAGGUUCACCUUCUUUGGGAUUGUUUGCAAUAUGAUCCUGUUCUGCACCAUCAAGCUGGGAUACAGCAGUUACCAAGCAGCCAUGGUGAACACGUGCUUUGUGGGAGCCAGCGUACUUACACCGGUUCUUGUGGGAUGGUUUGCCGAGACGUGCUUGGGGAGGACAACAGUUCUCUGUUUAUGUGCACUCCUUCAUUUCUUCGGAACCGCCUUGCUUCCUGUGGUCGCAUUCCCUUUUGAGGAUUUCUAUAUAAACACACAUAAUAUUGUGCAUCGACUUGAACCUCAUGAGCAGCACAUACUAUUCUACACGGGGCUGGUUGCAGUGGCCCUUGGCAUUGGUGGCAUCCGUGCCAUCCUCUGCCCAAUGGCAGCCUAUCACCUUCAAGGCUGUGAUCAACACCAGCUCCUGUCCUUCUUCAACUGGUUUUACUGGCUGGUCAACCUGAACUCAACUGUUGUUUUUUUGGGGAUUGCCUACAUUCAGCAGUCGAUUGCCAAAAACCUGUGCUUUCUCAUCCCUUUCACCUCUGUUCUGCUCGCCCUCGUCGCCAUUCACAUGGUGCACAACAAGCUAACUUUCCGUCCAAAAAAAGGCAGUUCCUUGCUAACUACGCUGGGAGUGUUCCUCAAUUCUCUGAAAAUGUGCUGCCUCCAUUAUCGCCAUUUAAGCGGAGACGUUGCCAGCUGGCUAGACCGUGCUAAGGAAAACAACGGGGGUCGUUACAGCGAGACCAGUGUGGAAAACGUCAAGGUCCUAGUCAAACUUUUCCCUCUCUAUGGACUUCAGCUUUUAUAUCGAGCUUGCAUUACCCAGAUCCCAUCGGGCUAUUAUCUACAGACGAUGCAUUCCAACUUAAAACUCAAUGGCUUUCUCCUGCCAGUAGCAGUGAUGAAGGUCAUCAGUAUCCUGCCGGUGCUGAUCUUAGCCCCACUGCUGGAGCUUCUGAACACCUGCUACCAGUCUCCAAAGAAAAUGCUGCCCUCACCAGCCACAUUCAUAACUAUGGGUCAUGCCUGUGCAGCUCUCUCAGCACUACUGGCAGGGAUAUCCGAAAUCCACAGGAAGGACCGCCCACAAGUGGAGCAGACAUUAUCAGGAAAGGUCCUGCAUGUGUCCUCUAUGACCUGUUUCCAGCUUACGCCCCAGUACAUUUUACUGGGAGUGGCAGAAGCCUUUGUGACACCAGCAUGUUCACUCAUAUCCUUCUGUCUGACUCCCAGCAACCUUAGAGGUGUCUCCUUACAUUUCCUAACCCUCUCAUAUGGAGGAGGCUGCUUUCUAGGGGCUUUCCUCAUUCACGUCCUUUAUUUUGUGUCAGGAGGAAACUUCUAUCCUAAUAACCUCAGCAGCGGCAACAUGGAGAGGUUUUUCUUUACACUGGCCACAUUAAUGGCUAUAAACACUCUGGCGUUCUGGAGAAUAUCACAAAGGUACACAGAUCUGAGCGUGGAUCUGAGUAGCGGGGCAGGACACAGUCACCUGUAUGAGAAACUCCUGCAGUACAAGACCUGUCUGCGUUUUUAUGACACGUUUGAUCGUUCGGACACCUUGACGUCUAUGGAAACGGUCUUGUAAAUCAAUUGUACAUAUUAACCCUGUAAUGCUGGCAUUACACAAAAGACUUUGAACUGACGGAUUUUCAUCGUUUGGAACUAGAGCAAUGUAGA